CAAAAUGAUCACAGGUAGAGGCAUUGACAAAGUGAAAGCUGAUGCCCAGGAAAAAGGUGACCUUGGACUGGUGGCAGAGACAAGCAGGAGCUCUCAGCGAACAAUGUUCACUCCAGCCAAACUGACAGUACCAGCCGUGUUUAGUAAACUGAGGGACAUAGCAGGAAUGUCCGGUAAUUCUGCUAUGGCGAAAAAGAUAGAGAAGAUUAAAGGCAUGUUUGUGGCGUGUCGGCAGUGUGAGGCUCGCUACCUGAUUCGCUCCCUCGGAGGAAAACUCAGAAUCGGUCUAGCAGAACAGAGUGUGUUAACAGCCCUGGGAAAUGCAGUUUUCAGGACACCUCCAGGUCAAGAUUUUCCACCAGAAGUGUUAGAUGCUGGAAAAGGCCUGGGUGCUGAUUCCCUUAAAAAGAAAAUGGAGGAAUGUGCUCUCAUAAUCAAAUCAACCUACUGUGAAUGUCCAAGUUACGACGCUAUUAUACCGGCCUUGAUUAAGUAUGGUAUACAAGAGUUACCAAACCACUGCAAACUGACCCCAGGUGUUCCUUUGAAGCCAAUGUUAGCUCAUCCUACCAAAGGAGUUAGUGAGGUUUUCAAACGGUUUGAUGAGGCGGACUUUACCUGUGAAUAUAAAUAUGAUGGAGAAAGAGCACAGAUACACAUCCUUGAGAACGGUGAUGUUCACAUCUACAGCAGAAACUCGGAGAACAAUACCAGUAAAUACCCAGACAUCAUCGCUCGGAUCCCGAAGGUGAAGGCCGAUACUGUAACCUCCUGUGUUAUCGACUCAGAAGCUGUCGCGUGGGAUGCAGAGAAAAAACAGAUCCAACCAUUCCAAGUCCUCAGCCACAGGAAACGGAAGGAUGCUGAUGCCUCGAAUAUUAAGAUCCAGGUGUGUGUGUAUGCAUUUGACCUUUUGUACCUCAACGGAAAAUCUCUGGUGAAGGAGCCUUUCAGGAAGAGGCGAGAACUUCUCCACUCGUCAUUCAGGGAAGUCGAGGGAGAAUUUGUGUUUGCCAAAUCCAUGAUUUCAUCCAACACAGAUGAGAUUGCCGAAUUUCUGGAUGACUCCAUUAAAGGAAACUGUGAGGGUCUUAUGGUGAAAACCCUAGACGUAGAUGCUACGUAUGAAAUUGCCAAGAGGUCUCACAAUUGGUUGAAGUUGAAGAAGGAUUACUUGGAUGGGGUGGGAGACACAUUGGAUCUGCUCGUGAUGGGAGGUUUUCUGGGGACAGGAAAGAGAACUGGACGCUACGGAGGAUUCCUCCUGGCCUGUUACGAUGAGGAGAAUGAAGAGUUCCAAUCCAUAUGCAAGAUUGGGACAGGCUUCACCGAUGCAUCCCUAGAGACACAUGCUAGUUUCUUCAAGGACCAUGUGACGGAGAAGCCAAAGCCGUAUUACCGGUAUGAUUCCUCGGUGGAACCGGACCACUGGUUUGAUGCGGUGCAGGUUUGGGAGGUGAAGUGUGCCGACCUCUCCAUCUCGCCCACACACAUGGCUGCAGCUGGAAUUGUGGAUCCAGAGAAAGGUAUAUCCCUGAGGUUUCCCCGAUUUUUGCGAAUUAGAGAUGACAAGAAACCGGAGGAGGCAACUUCAGCUUCACAGGUGGCAGAAUUGUAUAAAAAUCAGCAACAAAUUCAAAAUCAACAAAAAUCAGAGAAAGAGGAAGUUGAGGACUUUUAUUGAUUAUGGUACUUUCAUAAUAGACUAUUUAAAAUUGUAUUGUAACUUAUUUCCCAUACCAGCAAUAAAUUUUUACACCAGAAAA